AUGGCAUUGAGUCAGCUGGGCCUACUGUGGCUGGCUUUGUGCCGAUUCCCGGUCCCUUUGUUGAGGUCUUCCUGUCAGCUGGCGGUCAGCUCCAGAGUCCCACUGCUGUUCCCAAAUACAUGUCAUCGAGACAUCGCCCCCACUGCCGCCACCUGCGUUCUCCUGUAUGCCACCAAGAUGAGUAAAGCGAAGGGCCAGGCGGCCAAAGUGAACAUCAACUCCUCGCUGGCGGAGGAUGUCAUCAGUCUGGAGGAAGUGAAUGAGGAGAUGGCCGCAGUCCUCACCGCCCUAAAAGAGGACUUCAGCCGCAACCUGAGCAUCAAAAUCUCUUCAGGAGCUCUGGAUCAUAUCGUGGUGCACACGACAGAUGGCAAAUUCCCCCUGAACCAGUUGGGUCAGAUGUCCAUGAAACCCCCUCAGCUCAACGUGGUCAACAUGACCGGCUUCCCACACACUGCUGGCUGGGCCAUGGCUGCUGCCACCCGCGCCCUGCGUGAGAGCAGCAUGAAACUCAACCCUGAGGUGGACGGAACCAUCAUCAGGGUGCUUAUUUCCAAGGUCACGCGUGAGUACAUGAGAGCCGGGCAGUUCACUAUCAAGUCCAAGGAGUCUCUGAGGAGGGUGUGA